AUGGAAUCGCAAGAAACAACCGAAACUGAACCUCAAGUCAUUACGAAAGGAGAACUAUGGUCAAGGGCCGUCUGGGAGCGGAGGAAUGAAGGAUUCCAGGUAGAAACAAGCCAGACCUUUCGCGAUUUUUGCGAGGCUUGUCGUCGAGGAGACUUGGAGCAAGUUUGCAGCCUCGUCGAAAACUACGAUGUCCCCGUGAACGGUAUAGACGAGUUCGAUUAUACUCCCUUGAUUCUCGCUAGUUUGUGUGGACACGCAAAUGUCGUGGAGUACCUGCUAAAACAUGGCGCCGUAUGUCAACGUGAUACAUUUCAGGGCGAACGAUGCUUGUAUGGUGCAUUAAACGAUCAUAUCCGUAACAUGCUACUGUCCUACGACAUUUCGAAAGCUAUCGACGACAAUCAGCCGUUCGCUAGUCAUAUAGCCUCGCUGUUUGACAACCGUGCGGACUCAAAAUUGGCGUUUGUGAGUGAUUGCAUGUUUUCGACAACACACGCCGACUUGGGAUGCCAUAAAUUUUAUCUAGCAGCACGGAGCACUUAUUUUGCCAACAAGUUUGCCGGUGCAUGGGAGUCUCUCAGAGAAAUUGAGUUUUCGCAAGAGUUUGCAGACGAGCUGUAUUCGGUAUUGCGACUUACAUACCUUCAUGACCAUGCGAAGCUUACCGGCAAGCAAGUUGAGAAUGCAGCGAAACUUGCCAAAAAAUUCAAGCUACAACACAUGUCGGAGCAACCGUAUGACCCGGAAAAACGGCGUGCCAUGCGUACAUGGAGAAGCGACGAAAUUGCCCAAGCCAAGCUUGAUCUUGAUGCAUUCUACCGACGCGCCGUAUUAGCGAACAAGUACAAGGGCAAUGGACACAGGACGUCGCCCACAGGCGUGUACCAUGAUGCCUACCUGCAAUCGAAUACAACAACAUAUCCCGUACACCGUGCUAUCCUGUGCCGAUCCGAAUACUACAUGGAUUUGUUUACGGGCCCGUUUUCAGAGAGUUACCAAGAGUUCCCGGCGGUGACGUUGCCGUACGCCGACGAAGUCGUGGAGAUUGUACUGCAGUUCCUGUACACAGACAAAGCAGACAUCGCUCCCGAGCUGGCACUGGAAACCGUGUAUGUCGCCGACAUGUUAUCGCUCGACAAGGAACGCAGUCUGAAAUCCAUGGCGGCUAUCGUGCUUACGAAGGACAUGGACAAUCCACCCGCGAGUAUUUUUGAUAUUUUACGUGCCGGAUGGGAUACGGGAACACAGCGCCUCGAGCACUUUGCGGCAGAACACAUUGCGCGGAAUUUAGACAAGCUAUAUGACGAUACAGAGCUGGCAACUGUCGUGCUGGAGAGUGCGCAGCAGAUCAGGGAGCGCCAGGAAACGGACACGGUUGAGUUGAUCGACGAUGUGCGGUACUACUUGGCUAAGCAUUAUGGCAUCUACAACGAAGACAUGAACCCCCUCAUUGGAGACGACAGCGGUUUCACGGCUGAAGAGCUUGAGUAUGAGAAGCAUUUGCAGCAGAUCGAUCAAUUGUUGGAGGAACUUGAUUUGCAGGCAUGA